AUGGCCGAGGUCGAGAAGCCCGCAGGGUAAGCAGAUCAUCAGUAUCAUGGCCUCGCUCUCACAUGAAAGCUGAAAUCUCCUCUCAGACUUGGCAAAGAUGCGCCAACAAACCCGCGAGGCAUCCCAUUUGCGCCGUUCGUCGAUAGGGUUGAGGACUAUGUCACGUCUCGAUCUGAUGUCGAAGGCUGUAUCAAGAGCUUUCAGGAGAUGAUCUCGUGAGUGUACCUUAUCAGCCGCAAUGCUAGGAUGUGGAUGGUGAUGGUGUGCUGGGGGUAUUGCUGACCGCCAUUUUCGAUAGCAAGUACCAGUACAUGGAAGCGAACAAUCAAAGACGAGCGGCGGGCCUGAAAGACAAGGUGCCGGACAUCCAGAAGACACUGGAUACUGUGCGAUUCCUACAGACUCGAAAGGUAAGCUCGGCUCCCCAAAGCGGUGGAGCAAUUCAGCUGGACGCUGGGCAUAUUACCUAACGAGGUCACAGUCUGAUGCAGAGCCGCUGGAGGCCACUUUUGAGCUGAACGACACCCUGUACGCCAAGGCGAACAUUCACAAGACAGAGGAGGUCUAUCUGUGGCUGGGCGUAAGUUCCAAGAUGUGCCAACAUAUCGCAGACUUCAUCCUUUUGGGGGAAAAUCGCUGACCGGCACAGGCGAAUGUGAUGCUCGCAUACCCUCUCUCAGAAGCAGAAGAGCUGCUGGGCUCGAAGCUCGACGCAGCCAAACAGAGCCUCGCGAACUGCGAAGAAGACCUCGACUUCCUGCGAGAGCAAAUCACCGUAAGCAAAGAACUUCCUCCAGCUGAGAGAGUGCCUGCAGAUUGCUGACACUCAGCCCUACGCUAGACGAUGGAGGUCGCCACUGCACGUGUGUACAACUGGGACGUUGUACAACGCCGGAAAGACAAGUCCGAAGGCAAGGAAGACGAUGGCAAGGCGACGUCCAACGGCUAA